AUGGCUCGCCGGAAUACGAAUCGGAAACCUAAUUCACAGACAACACUGACGAAGGAAAGUACUGAGGAUAAUUCGAAUCGCAUGGUUACGCCUGAAUCUGGAGUGAUACAACAUUUAGCUCCGGUUCAAUUGGUACAAUGGAUGCCAGGUAUGGGUAGUGCGCCGACAAUCAUGCAAGCACCACCACCGAAGGAAAUUGAAACUAUAAAAGUGACGGAGAACAAUUUGAACACAGCAGCAAGGAAAUUGACCUAUUCUACUAGAUCUGGAGAAGAGAAGAGAACUAUGGCAGAUGUGGUCAAAGGCAAUAGAACAGUACAACAAGGGAUGCAGCUCAAAUUCUAUCCACCUGAGGUAAGAGAUGGAAUUAAAAUCGUGAAGCUGAAUCAACAAGAAAUGGAGCAGCAAUGUAAAAAAUGGGAGACAACACUCAUAGGGUAUGUUAUGGGAGGAAACCCUACCUUCAAAGAGAUGCUGAAAUUUGCUUAUGGGGUGUGGAAUUCAGUUACUACUCCUACGGUACUACUGCAUGAUGAUGGCUACUUCAUCUUUAGAUUUGAAUCGAUUGAGGAUAAGCUGCAGAUUAUGGAAAAGGGACCAUAUACCUUCAACAAUACACCAAUGAUUCUAAAGAAUUGGGAACCUGAAUUUGAUAUGGACAAGGAGCCUAUGCGAGCGAUGCCAAUGUGGGUCACACUACCAGGACUACCUAUCCAAUGCUGGGCAGAGGAAAAUUUGGGGAGAAUUGCAAGUUGUUUAGGUAAACCAAUAUGCACUGACAAACUCACAGCAAAUUGUGAGAGAGUAUCAUAUGCUCGUGUGCUGAUAGAAAUGGAUAUAACACAGCCAUUUCCUGAUGAUCUGCACUUAGAGCUGUCUGAUGGGAAAGUGAGGGUGCAAACAACGGAGUAUGAAUGGAUACCAAAAUUUUGCCAGGAGUGCAACCAAUUUGGUCAUCUAAUGGGGAAUGUAAACUAG